CACACACACACACACACACACACACACCUGUGUAUUUGAUAGGGUGUCAAUGACGCUAAACAUUAAUCUGAGUCAACCUGGACGCAGAGCUCACUGUCAUUAAUCAGUGGCAGCAGGGAAGUCUGGGUUUUUCCCGUAACCUACUUUAAAGUGCAGAGACAGACAGCAGAUAGAUAGGUAGAUGAUUUAGUUGCAAUUUUUUUUAGAAAGAAAUUGCGUCGAAUUAAGGCGAGACACAGAUGUGUGUUGUUGUCUAUUUCAAUGUUUUUGAGUGAAAGACUGAUUGUUACCUGAUCCACAUUUAACCCCACUCCCCCUCUCCUACUUCUGUCCGCCCCUCUUCGUCUCCCCCCAUUCCUGGAAGGCAGACAGACCAGCCAAACAGUGACGUGGCCGAGCUGUUUUAAAGGGUCUGCAGUCACACACUAGCAGAGUCGUCUUUAGGGUCUGGCUGCUGGUUGCCAGGUCAGGGUGAUAGUAGUAGUAUAGCAGAUAUAAGGGCAGUAGUUGUGACUUAACCGUAUUAGAUCACAGCCAUGAUCAAAGUGCAUCUGUGUGUGUGUGUGUGUGUGUGUGUGUUUGCGUGACAACUUUUAAUGAUAUAUAGGCUUUCUGCCUUGUUUUGUCCAAUGACUAACAAUCAGGAAAAUAACAAAAGUUCUCAUUGCUUUUGCCCUCUCUCUCUCUCUCGAAAACAUACACAUACACACAAAAGUACACAGCCUGGUUGAGUUUGAGCUUUGACAUGUUGAUAAGUGAGUGGUGGCCGGUAACACAAACCUCCCUGGUAGUCCAUGUGUGUACCAGCUGUGGGAACUGGUGACCACACGUCUCGGACACACACGCACACACGCUCACACAAACAUGCACACUCUGACCUGAGUCAAAAAAAUAAAGGGGGGUCCUCGGCUCAGAUCACAACUGGAACUGCCACAAGACAGAAGAACUAUUUGAAAAGGGAACAAAGACGACAACUACUGAACACCCUUUGAUUUUCUGCAAAGUCCAAUCAGUAAAUUAAGUGCAGAAACAGACACGCACACAAAAAACUGUUUCUCUGUCCAGACUCUGCUCUGUCUGUACUCCAGGUUGCAUGUCUGCGCCUAAGCCCGUCUGUUUCUCUGCCAUUAUUCACCAACAUACGCCGCUCAAGUCUGAUAGUGCGUACUGAAAAACGGAUAAGAAAAUACACAAUGCUGAGUGGUUACGAGAGGCCAAUGUGGUGUUGAUUACCUCGUCAGCAAUGAAGCUGCUGAUCUCAUACAGCCACUGAAAGAGAGAAGGAAAGGAGAAAGAGAGGGAUAGAGUCUGUUAACUGCCUUUCCAUACAAGGAGAGGUAGGGGGAGAAAAGGGGAGGAGGGGGAGGAGAAAGCGAGAGGCAGCGAGAAGGAGGGUAACGUGAGGAGAUACAAUGAGAGAGAGAACAGAGGAGGAGGAGAGAAAUUUGGAAAGCGAGAUAAAGACAGAGGAUAGAGGGAUACAGGCUGAUAGGGCUGUAGCAGACAGUGACUUAGGGGAGAGUAAGACGAGCAAGAGGAGGUGAGUGAGCGGAGCUGUAUCCUCUCUGAGGUUCCAACUGUGUGAUCCUGCUGCAGCUUCUCUCUGUCACUGACUGAUCCAACACAGAUGAUGUCAUCAGAGCACCUGACCUGCAGUUGGCUGCAGCAGCUACUCGUUGUACUCCUGAAGCUUUGCAUAACUUUUGCUGGGCCUCUGCGACCGCUCAAUGGGACAGAAUGCACAGCCAAGGGUCCUGCUUCCUACAUCCUGGUCUUUACGGGUCACUGGAGCCCACAGUCCUUUCCCAAGCAGUAUCCACUCUUCCGGCCCCCUGCACAGUGGUCCAAACUCAUAGCGGUUAGCCACAAUCGCCAUUUUCGACUGUGGGAGGAGGGUGCUCCAGCCAGUGCAGGGGUGCAGAACUUCUCUGAACUCGGGGUGACGGUAGAGCUCAUGAAGGCAGCCAAGGAGGCCAGGAAGAGACGUGUGGUUGGAGCCAUGUACAGAACGGCCGGCAUCCCAAACGGCAUCGGGCACAGCUCCACGGAGUUGCUCAUACAGCCGCGGAACUCAGUGCUGUCCCUUAUGGUGAAAAUGAUCCCCAGCCCCGACUGGUUUGUCGGUGUGGACAGUUUAAACCUUUGCGAGGGCAGCCACUGGAAACAGGAAGUGAGCGUUGACCUUCACCCUUAUGAUGCAGGAACUGAUAGUGGAUUCACUUUCUCUUCUCCAAACUUUCCAACGAGUCCUCCAGAAAACAUCACAAAGAUCACGUCUCAGAUGCCGAACCAUCCAGCCAACUCCUUCUACUAUCCACGCUUAAAGGAGCUUCCACCUAUUGCCAGCGUUAGGAUCACUCAACAGAGCAGAUCACCUGACCGGCAAACCCCAAUGUCCAAUCAUAUUUUACCAAACUCUAUUAGUCCACAGCGCUUCUCAGUGACACCUCUGGACUGCGAAGUGUCUCUCUGGUCAUCCUGGGGUUUAUGUCUGGGUCCUUGCUCCAGAGGUGGUGUUCGCCACCGUACACGUUACAUCCUCUUGCGGCCGGCCAAUGCUGGUGUCCCCUGCCCUGAGCUGGAGGAACAGGCUGAAUGUGUACCACACAGUUGUAUGAAACUUCAGUAACCUGCAAGGGCGCACAGAUACUGCCAGUAUUCAACACUGGGACUCCUCAUGUUAUUACUGCUGGACUACGAAAUGUUGCUGCAGCUUAAGUAUUUCCUUGAAAAUGCAAAGGAUCAUGUGUUUGUUACAGUCAAUUUGUGAUCAUUUAAAGACAUGCUGCAUUGCCCCUUCUGUGCAGCCACUUAGUUUUACUGAGUGCACUAGUUUAGGGUGUAUUCUAACCACAGUUUUCCAUUAGAAUUACAAGUGUUGGACAGACAUUAGAUUCAGACUUAUGAGGCCCUACGAAAUGGACUUGUUUCUUCUUCUCAAAUAACAGUCAACAUUAAUAUAAAUGAUGGUUGCCUCUAGCAGACAGAAAAAAAGAGAAAGAUUUCGGGUCUAUUUUCAUGUGAAAACAGCAAAUAACAGCAUCGCAGUGCUAGUGAAGAAUGUAACACUGGUGAAAGGUAGCUAGUUGAUGACAAUGAUCUGUGUUUUCCCAGCACAUGUUUUAAGUUUGUACUUUUAAUAAAGAUAAAGGCAUGAUAAUUAAAACAGGUAAACGCACAAAAGGGAGCAGUUUCAUGUUAAAAAUCAGGGUAACUCCACAACUAGAAGGACCUGAGCUGCUGCUAUUGGCUAAGCUUGUUUCUAGGUUCACACUUGAUCAAAGGGGAAGUGUAUUGGGGGAAAAUGACAUCUAAACAGCUCUAAUUAAAACAGCAAUGAAUUGAACUUUUAUUCUGAAUGUAGCAGUAUCUAAUGUUUGAAAUAACAUUUCAAAGGUGUAAUAUAAAAUGGAUUUGCAUUAGCAGAAUAAAAACAUUGAGAUGAAGCUGCGUGACACAUUUUCCCCACAACGAAAUGAUGAGACUUGUUAUGGUUUGUUCAUUUCGUCAUUAACAUAUGCAUUCAAUCUGUAUCCUGAUGGUGGCCCACCACAGUCACAAGUAUUCAUCACACACUCUUACGUGUAUGCACACAUGUGAUCACAGAAAUCUGCGCACAAAGGUCCUUGCACAUACUGCAUACUGUUAAAGGCAUUGUGGCAUUAGUUUACAUUGGUAGCCUACACAUGCUUGGUACAUUCAUUUCUUUCAAAAUAGCCUCCCACCCCUUUUAUAAAUAUCACCUUCACAAGAAACACUUGAUAGCUGACUUGAGGUUUAGAGAAGGUCUAAAGAAGCAGGCCUACCUAAUAAUAAAAAACAUUUUUUUUAUAGAAAGAAAAAAAUAUAUAUAUUUGUAUUAUUAUCUCUUUUGAUAUUUUAAUGUUGAUCUUUUGUAUAUACUGAUAUGAUGUAUCUUGUAAAACUCCUGAAUAAAUAUGGAGGUGUGUUUUUCAAAUAGAG